AUGCAAGGAAUUUGCAGGGGUUUGUACAUGAGCUUGCGAGAGGGAAUCAUUCAAUACGAAGUGAAACUUUGGCUGCUCUACUGGGGAAAUGUGGAUGUUCGUUCUAAAGAAACUGUCAUGUUGAGUUACAUCAACCUAUUGGAGCAGCUAAUUUGUGUCUCACCGACCUCAUGUGAAGGACGAUGCAAGAAAGCUAGCAAUCCAGUGGAAAGCAAAAAUGGGAGCUGA